GAACUAUCUAGUGUCUUUAACAAAAUUAAUUGACUGGCAACUACUCAAGCCAACACAAGUUGGUUUCUUUCUUCUAGUUUCUUCACCUUCAUAUUCAGGCGAUCUGUCCGAAUUGACCCAGUGAGUCCGUUUCUCUUUCAGGUUCUUUUCAGCUGAUUGUUUCUAAGAAGGUAAACUUUCACCUUCACCGACUCUAAUCUCCAUUGUUUUGUUCCCCUAGAGCUCAAGAAAGAUGGCUUGAGUUCUCUUUGUUUCUCUCUCUUGGAGUCCUUUAUUAGUAGUGCUUCCUAUCCUUCAAUGUCUUUGGGAUUCCAGUGCUGGGAUCUUAGCUUCUUGUAAUCUGGUUUUUAGCUAGUUUUUCUUGUUUAGGGACUGGAUUUUUGGUGUUUGUUUAGCUAGUCCUUGAUCUGGUCACAUAAAGGUUUGAGCUUGAUUUGAGUGCUUAAUCACCUAGAUCUCUGCUUUAUUUAUCCUUGUCAAGCUUCAGUUUUGAGCUUGCUUUGUUUCUGUUUUGGGUGUUGAUUUCGUGGGUUCUGAUAAAAAGAGACUUUAUAGGCUGUUUUGUUGAGGUUGAGUCCAUGAGAAGCAUGGAUAAGUGUUUCUGUGCUUCUGUUCUUGUUCUUCUUUGCUUGUUAUCGUCAAUUCAAGUUAUUUUUGCUGCAAAUUAUGUUCCCACUGAGAAAACCCUCCUAGACUGUGGGGCCAACUCCGAUCUACCUGAUUCGGAUGGUCGAGGUUGGACCUCAGAUAAGGGUUCUUCAUUCUUGUCUUCCUCUGGAAAAUCAUCCACAGCCACUGCUUCCACUCAAGAUCCUGCCGUUCCCCAAGUUCCCUAUCUAACAGCUCGCAUUUUUCAGUCAAGUUUUACCUAUAGUUUCCCAGUGGUUUCUGGUCAUAAAUUCGUUCGUUUGUAUUUCUAUCCUUCUUCAUACAAUGGGCUUAAUGCGUCCGAUGCUCUCUUUUCUGUUACUGCUGGGUCUUAUACACUUCUUAGCAAUUUUAGUGUUGCUCAAACCACGGAUGCUUUGAAUUAUGUUUCAAUCAUGAAGGAGUAUUUGAUCAAUGUGAAUGAUGAUACAUUGAACAUAACUUUUAGUCCGUCUUCAAAUCCUUCAAGUGCUUAUGCAUUUGUAAACGGGAUUGAAAUUGUGUCAAUGCCGGACAUUUAUAGUAAUGCUAAUGGAGUGAUGAUUGUCGGCCAAGGUGUCCCAUAUGUCAUUGACAAUACUACUGCCCUUGAGAAUGUAUAUAGGUUAAACGUGGGAGGUAAUAGCAUCACCCCAUCUGGUGAUACAGGUCUAUUUCGAUCCUGGUCUGAUGAUCAAAUAUAUCUUUAUGGGUCAGCAUUUGGUGUUCCAGAGAGUGCUGAUCCAAAUGUGAAGAUUAGAUAUCCUCCAGGGAUGCCCUCAUAUGUUGCCCCAGAUAAUGUGUAUCUCACUGCUAGAUCGAUGGGGCCAGCUCCUAAUGUCAACUUGAAUUACAAUUUGACUUGGAUAUUUAGCGUGGACUCUGGUUUCAAUUACUUGGUUAGGCUCCAUUUCUGUGAGAUUUCAAAUAUAACCAAGAUCAAUCAGAGGGUAUUUGACAUCUUUCUCAAUAAUCAAACUGUUGAAGAAGCAGCGGAUGUCAUUGCCUGGGCAGGGGGGAAUGGGAACAAUGGAGUUCCGGUUAUUAAAGAUUAUGUCGUGCUAGUUCCUACUGGGCCUCCACAGCAGGAUAUGUGGCUUGCACUUCAUCCUGAUCUGAAAGCCAAGCCCCAGUAUUAUGAUUCAAUAUUAAAUGGUGUGGAAAUUUUCAAGCUAAGCAGUCCAAAUGGUAAUCUUGCUGGACCAAAUCCAAUUCCUGCUCCUGAACAGGACAUCAUUGAUCCCUCAAGGGCCAGACCAGCUUCUGGAUCUGGUCAUUCAAAGAGCCAAACAGCGAUUAUAGCUGGAGGUGUGAGUGGUGGGGUUGUUCUAGCCGUUGUCAUUGGUUUUUGUGUUCUUGCUGCAUCCAGACGCCAUAGACAAGGGAAGGAGGCAAGUUCAAGUGAUGGACCAUCUGGGUGGCUUCCUCUUUCUCUUUAUGGAAAUUCACACUCUGCGGGUUCAGCCAAGACAAAUACUACAGGAAGUUAUGCUUCCUCUUUACCUUCAAACCUUUGCCGGCACUUCUCAUUCGCUGAGAUCAAGUCUGCGACCAACAACUUUGAUGAGGCUUUGCUCCUUGGGGUGGGAGGUUUUGGUAAAGUUUACAAGGGAGAAAUUGAUGGUGGAACAACUAAAGUUGCAAUCAAGCGUGGUAAUCCACUCUCUGAGCAAGGAGUGCAUGAGUUCCAGACUGAAAUUGAAAUGCUUUCAAAACUUCGACAUCGUCACCUUGUUUCACUGAUUGGUUACUGUGAAGAAAAUACUGAGAUGAUUCUUGUUUAUGAUUACAUGGCUCAUGGAACAUUGCGUGAACAUUUAUACAAAACCCAAAAGCCCCCUUUGCCAUGGAAGCAAAGACUUGAAAUAUGCAUUGGGGCUGCUCGUGGUUUACACUAUCUCCACACUGGGGCGAAGCACACUAUUAUCCACCGUGAUGUUAAGACAACUAACAUUCUUUUGGAUGAGAAGUGGGUUGCCAAGGUCUCUGAUUUUGGGCUGUCAAAGACAGGCCCUACUUUGGAUCACACUCAUGUCAGCACUGUUGUCAAAGGUAGUUUUGGUUAUCUGGAUCCAGAGUACUUCAGGAGGCAACAACUAACUGAAAAAUCCGACGUGUACUCAUUUGGAGUUGUGCUGUUUGAGAUCCUGUGUGCUCGACCAGCCUUGAACCCAACACUGCCUAAGGAACAGGUGAGCCUGGCAGAAUGGGCUGCUCAUUGCCAUAAGAAAGGCAUUCUUGAUCAGAUUCUUGACCCCUAUCUGAAGGGGAAGAUCACACCUGAAUGCUUCAAGAAGUUUGCUGAGACUGCAAUGAAGUGCGUCUCUGACCAAAGCAUUGACAGGCCUUCAAUGGGUGAUGUCCUCUGGAACCUAGAGUUUGCGUUGCAGCUACAAGAGAGUGCAGAGGAUGGUGGCAAGGGUAUUGUAGGUGCAGAUGAUGAGGAGGUGCCAUUCAAUGUUACCUAUAAAGGGAAAGCUCCUGAUGCUUCCCCCGGUUAUGAUGGUAUUGUGACUGAUUCAAGAAGCAGUGGAAUCAGCAUGAGCAUAGGCGGCCGGAGCCUUGCUAGCGAAGACUCUGAUGGCUUAACACCAAGCGCUGUUUUCUCGCAGAUCAUGAACCCGAAAGGACGAUGAGCUGAUCAAAAUCCAGGAAGGCAGUUUGCAAUCUACUGUCAAUCGUCAAACAAACUCAAUUUGGCAUUUUUUUUCUUUAGUUUUUUCUUGUCUAAUUCAUUUAGUUACCUUUUCCCCUCGUUCUGAUAUGUUUUGAUCAGAUCAGUUACUAUAAUUUGUAUCUACAAUUUACCUGAAGAGUGUAAAAUAAAGUUGUGUAACUUCCUUUGGCA